AUGUCAGGCAUUGAUGCCGAGCGAUUUGUCGAGAAGAAGCCUUCAGGGCGUUCCCAUGCUGAUCCCCUGUACUGGUCGAAGCGCUAUCAAGAGAAAGUUUUCGAGCCGUUUGAGUGGUAUGUGAAAUGGGAGCACUUGAAGGAGCUUCUUGCGGACUGGCUAACAGCGGAGUCGGAGGUAUUGAUUGUGGGAUGUGGUGACGGACCCGGCAGUGCCUUCCUUUACGCACCGUGUUGUAGCCUGUGGGCAAUCAAGUACAUGCAACUUCAGCGGCAUGCCAUGUGGGAAAGUGAUGACGAUGACGAGUUGUUGCAAGCUGCUCUUCGGGCGGAGGAUGCUGCAUCCGCCACCUCCUUCAGUGAGGUGGAUGCUGCAGGAGGCGCCAAGCGCGCUCGGCUAGCUGAAGCCUCACCAGCGCAGCCACCGCGAACACAGACAAACAAUCAAACAUCAGACAUCCCGGUUGACACCUCGGAGCCAGCCUCGGCCUCGGGCAGAAAUGGCACAACGACAUCAAUGCCGCGGACACCUCGGGCAUCGCAGCCACAAGGCGCUUCCGCAACACGCUGCUCCGGGAGGAGCUCGGACGCUGUCUCUCCAGUCGACGCACUUGCAGAGCGCCUGCAAAAUCUUGCGCUCAGGACGCAAUCCGGUUGCAUAAGUGGACCUGGCCUUGUCAGCUGCCAGCCCUGUCCGCUCAUUCAGCAGCAUGCAAGGUACAAGCUUAAUUUCGGAGGCAUUGAGGUCCUCUUUCCAUUUGAGCAGCCGCUGGAACCCCAACGAGCAGUCAUUCAGAAUGUGUUGGAGGCACUGGUCUUGGGCAAGCACGCAGUGCUGGAAAGCCCAACUGGCACCGGCAAAACGGCAGCUGUGCUUUGCGCCUGCCUCGCCUGGCAGCGCCAUCGAAUGAGCAAGACUGGAUCUGCACCGCAAUUGAUGUAUGCUACGCGAACGCAUGCCCAGGUGCGGCAGGCGAUACGUGAAUUGAGGCGAACUCCAUACAGACCAAUCACGGCUGUUCUUGGCUCGAGAGGCGCUGGACUGUGCAUCAAGGAUGAAGUGCUGAGAUCUUCGGAAGACGAUGGACAGCUUCGACAGGCGUGUCGUCAAGCACGGCAACAGAAAACUUGCAGCUUCCAUGAAGGUCUCGCAUUCUCAAACCUGCCAGACCUGGCAAAUGCUCGCCUUCGCGGUUCUGAGCCAUGGGAUAUUGAGGACAUGGCUCAGUUUGGAAGCUCUACUAACUCCUGCCCCUAUUAUGUCGCACACUCCAUUGCCAGACAUGCUGAGCUGGUAUUUUGCCCAUAUAGCUAUGUUCUGGACCCAUCCGUGCGCCAAGCUGCAGGGCUCAGUUGUGCAGAUCUCAGUGGACGGAUUGUAGUACUGGAUGAAGCUCAUAACGUUGAAGGUGUUUGUCGUGAUGCGGGGUCGGCAGAGAUUUCUCUCGACCAGGCAAGGAAUGCUCUAGCAGUGAUCAAGCGCUGGCUGGGCGAAGAUGGUGAGAAGCCACCGGCCAGUGCGGCAGCACAACGGCUUUCUGUACCCCUGGCUGCAGCGACAUCAUCAGAGGAACUGGGUGGCUUCAUGGUUCCUGCCACUGUUUCAGCAGCCUUUGACAUGGCACGCUCUGAUGACGGGGCAUUGGCUGUUGAACGCAGGCGCAAAACUGCAAGUAUGACGAGCACCUUGCGACCUCUUUGCUCACUGCUUGGUCGCAUUUGUGGUUUUCUGGGCGAAUUAAAUCAAGCCAUAACGUAUGCUCCUCACUUGCCAGAGCAUCGUCAAGUCUCAGCCUUCCUGCGGGCGCUCAAGCUCGACUCUGAACCACUGCUGCGCCCUGACCCUGCGUGCCGAAGUCCUUCCGCAGCGCGUGAGCCGCGUGGGGAAGCCUUGCUUCGAGAAAUAGCUCGUGGAAGCGGCGCAAGCGGCGCGCAGCUCGGCGCGCAGCUUGAGCUUGCGGCCUCCUUACUUGGUCAGCUUGCAGCAGCAGCGCGAAGUCCAGACUUAUACGUGAUCCAUGCUCGACCAGAGGGUCAAGGUCAACGACCAGCCUUGCAAACUUGGCUGAUGAGUGCAGAAGGGACCUUUGCAAGUCUCGUGUCAGAACUUCAUAGCAUGCUGCUCAUGUCAGGGACACUGUCACCUCUGCCUGCAACGAUUUCCGAGCUUGGCCCCACUUUCCAGUCAAGAGCCCUUCCCGCUCUGGCGGCAAACCAUGUCGUGGGCAGAAGCGCCUUGACCGUCGUGAGUGUAGCGCAAGCCCUGCCUGCUGCUGAUUCGAAGCUGGAAUGCACUUUCCAUGCCUGGAAGCGACCAUCGUUUCUGCAUUCGAUAGGUACAGCGUUGGUCACACUUUGCCGAGCAAUCCCUGCGGGAAUUCUGGUGUUCCUGCCUUCGUACGACCUUCUGGAGCGGUGCAUGGCGACCUGGGACGAAAGCCCGUGCAACUCGUCAGCAAGGAUUUUACCAAACCAGAGAAGAGCUUCUGGAAAGGCCAAGGCCAAGCGUCGAUCCCGCGGUGCUGUGGAGCGAUUGCCAGAAGAGAUUUCCAAAAGUGGCCCGAGCAUCCUGGAUCAGCUGAAGCAUGUAAAAGGCACUAUUGUGGUGGAACCUGCACCUAUGUGCCAGCAAUCAACAGCCUCUGCAGCCAGAGUUUAUGAAGCUGCCAAGCAGAGGUACGAAAUCGCAGUUUCGCAGGCUGGACAGGCCCUCCUGCUGGCGGUGUACCGGGGAAGAAUGAGCGAAGGAGUUUCUUUCGAUGACGACUUUGCACGGGGGGUUGUGUGCAUCGGAAUCCCAUUCCCAAAUCUCACGGAAGAAAGAAUUGCUCAAAAGCGUGCCUGCAAUGAUUUUUGGACAUCUCGUUCGCUUGGUGCAGUAUCUGGUGAUGCCUGGUACGAGUCGAAGGCAUUGCAUGCAGUUGCACAGGCUCUGGGGCGCUGCAUUCGUCAUCCGAAUGAUUUUGGUGCUCUUGUUUUGUUGGACAGCCGCUGGGCGGAGUUGGGGAAAGCUAGCCUUCUGCCUCAGUGGCUGCAGCCCUUCAUGGUCGAGAAAGCGGAUGCCAGCGCUGCAGCUGAAUGGUUGCGGGAGCACUUCAUCAAUCUGACCUCCAGUUUGCGGUCCUGCCAGGUGACAGUCAAGCAGGAGCAAGAAAGCGAGCAAGCGAUCUUUAAUGCUGGGGAAGCCCGUGCGCACCGCGACGAAACGCCGCGUGAGGUCAAGGAUGAAGCGAAGGAUGAAGUCAAGGAUGAAGUCAAGGAUGAGGUCAAGGACGAAGUCAAGGAUGAAGUCAAAGAUGAGGUGAAGGAUGAAGUCAUGCAGGAUUCGCAAGCCUCUAACAGAUACUCGCACGUCGCGGAGUUGAAUUGGUUGGACACCAGCCAGGCCCACCAGAGACAGACAGCUACAACAGAGGAGUCCUCCCACUCCGGAAAAGAGCUUCGCGGCCGGGCCUUUAGGAUUGCGCUCGUCUCCAACACAGCGCCCACCUGUGUUGACUUAGACGGUGAUGAGUAG